AAAGGACAACCAUACACAGCACAGCACGGCGCUCGCUCUCUCUCUCUCUCUCUCUCUCUACGGCUCCAGCUGAGAAGCCAUGGACGCUCUGAUCAGCCAAGUAGUUACAACCAAAACGCCAUAAAAAUCAGCAGCUGGGUCUCUCUCUCUCUCUGAAUCUGGUGCUUGGCUCUCAGAUUGUGUUCCGAUAGGUAAUGAGAGAAGCGAUAUAUAUCAGAGGGGAUAUUCUGCGGGAAUUGGAGGGAAAUGGGAGUUAAUUCCAGAUGGAGAAGCAGCGUGCCGCCGAGUGUGGCACCUGUGAGUAGUGUUAGUUCGGUCGAUAGAGCGGAGCAUUGGGCCAAAAAUCUUGAUAACUCGGUGAACGCCGUAUCUUUUGGGUUCGUCGCCACCGCCGUUCUCAUUUCCAUGUUCCUCGUCAUGGCCAUCCUUGAGAGGUUCCUCCGCCCGAGAUCCGCCGCGACCGGUGGCCCCAACCGCCGGGAUCUUGACCCCCAUAUGGUGUUUGAUGGCAAGCUCAAUUACCCUUCUCCCAGAAUGACGACUCACGCCAUGUCAGUACUCAUGCCGGGAGAUGAAGUUCCUACCUUCAUCGCGCACCCUGCUCCGGGACCUUGUCCUGGGGAGAGCGUCGCUCGGCCUUUUCAUCAGCACCAGACAGUUUCCAGCUUGUCCUCAAGCUCAGUCACAAGCUGAAAGGCCUCUCACUGGCGAGGCUAGGCAAGAGGCCUAGAAUCCAUCAGAUUGGACAAAAUCUGAAAGAAAGUUGAACUUGUGAGUAGAGAUGUCUGUGUGGGUAAUGCUUAAAUCAUCCCACCAAGGAGAGCUGAAGGGCAAUUGUAUUUGUUUUCUGAACCCAUUGAUUAUAGGAAUCAAAGAGGCUCCCGCUUGUUUCCUUC